AGAACAUCGGAAACUCUUCUUCUUGUAGAAAGGCGGAUCCCUCUCGACCACUUCACCUCUCACAACUUCUCUUCGGGCUAGUUUUUUUUUUUUUAACACUCCAUUCAAAUUCACAAAUCCAGCCCCAACAAAAAAAAACAAAAAAACCCCACCCAGCCUUCCUCUCUUCAUUCAAGACGACGUCGUGUUGAGUGGAAGUCCCGAGUGACUGAACUCAACCUGCUAACUUUUAACACCGGAGCUAAACCGACCUGCAGCACCUGAGCUAACACAGGGGGGGAAAAAAUGUCCGAUACUGAUUUGAUAUGGGCGUUGCAGACUGGAGACCUGGAAGAGGUCAAAACCAAGCUGGUAACGGCUGAAGAUGUAAACCGGACCCUGAACGGUGGUAGGAAGCCCCUGCACUACGCUGCAGACUACAAUCAGACAGAAGUGGUGUUGUUCCUCCUUUCUAAGGGAGCAGAUAUCAAUGCUACAGACAGGCACGGGUUCACUCCAUUGCUCUGCGCCUGUUACGAGAGUAACGUCGCCUGUGUCAAGGUCCUGCUAGAAAAGGUUAGUACUUUGCAUCUACAUCUGUACACAGAGGUGGCCUCUUGUUCUUCAGCAACCAGUGCAUGCUGAUGUGUCAGAGCCUGU